AUGUGGCAAUUGUCAAUUCCGUGGGAACUUAUUGAGCCCACUAUGUGUCAGUCCUUUGGCGCUACUCUAUCAGGACCUGCACUUCAAUGGCUUAUCAACCUAAAGCCAGGUACCAUCGCCAACUUCUCCAGCUUGGUGAACAAAUUCUACCAGCAAUUCGCUACCAGCCGAGAGCUGGAUAAGCAAAGCAGUGACCUGUAUCGGAUUGUUCAGAAGCAGAACGAGACAACCCGACAGUACUGGGACAGGUUCAAUCGAAAAAUGGUCAGCAUAAAAAACUAUGACCACUCAACUGCCAUCGAAGCCUUUCGCAAAGGUCUCAAUUACAGAUCAGAGUACCAUCCAGAUAUCAGCUCAUAUGGUUUCGAUACCGAUAUAGUAGGAGUGGUGAACGCUCUCAAAGAUAUUGGGCAACCGGUAAGGUGGCCUAGGAAGAGCGACAAACCCGACCACCAGAAGGAUAAAUCAAGGAGGUGUGAGUACCAUGGAGACCAUGGGCAUAGGACUGACGAAUGUAACAGUCUUAAAAGAGAAGUAUCCUGGCUGCUCAAAAGAGGCUAUCUGAAAGACCUCCUUGGAAAGAAGGGAAAAGGGCCUGAAAUUAAGCGGGAAACAUUGCCAGGUCCGGCAGCUUCGCCUACCCCAGGCGUUAUGAUUCAUGCGAUAUCACGAGGAUCUAGCAUCAGGCGUCUGACCUACUCUAAUGCAAAGCGUAUAGCAAGAGUUGGCACCUCAGCGUCCAGCAUCCCCCAAACCUAUCCAAGUAGUGAAGAAAAGAAGCUGGAUGAUAUGGCAAUACUAUUCGAUGAUAGUAGGUUUAACGAGCCCGAGCAUCAUGAUUGCUUGUUAAUAUCCCUCCAUGUGGGUCAUUGCAAGAUGAAGAGAGUACUGGUAGAUAAUGGAAGCUCGACCAAUAUAAUUUUCAAAGACGCUCUAGAUCAAGCUGGCUUCAAAGAGUCCGACAUCACCAAGAGGUCUACGGUUCUGGUCGGGUUCAAUGGCGAACCUAUGAAUUUCCUAGGAGAAAUCCAGCUGCCUACGCUGCUAAAAGGAAUCAACAUGAUGUACAAGUUCUACGUGAUAGACUGCAAAACCGCUUAUAAUGUGAUAGUAGGAAUCCCCUAG